AUUCUCAGGACGAUGAAGCACUCGCUUUUAAAUCUCAAUUUGAUGAGAUUUCAAAUAUUUCAAGAAUGUUGGAAAAUGCAAAGACAAAUAACAAUUCCUAUAACAAUCGGUAUCAUGGAUCUCCUGGACGGGUGCAUUCUGGAUUUUCUUCGUCAAAUUAUCUGUCGUCACAGAGAAGAAUUAAUGUCCGCUCGCAUCAUCGAUCCUUUUCUCACCCAUCAUUGCCAACAACUCGCCAGAAUCUACAAAACAAGCGUAAUUUUGGUUCUUUUUAUCUUGGUCAUCAUAGAUUGGCCUCUUUACCUUCUCCUUAUAAUGGAGUUCCUUAUUCUGCUUUUGAUUUAUUUGGUCACGACGAAGAUUUACCCUUAAAUUUUGAUGACCCUUUGACUACUAUUAACGAUUCUUCUGGAUUAAAAACUCUAGAAACCUGUGGAAGAUUUGGUUUUAAAAGCGGUUCUUCUAUCGACCCGUUUACCUCUCUACCAAUAUCCCCAAAUAACUUCAUGCAGCAUUCGUUAUUAGAUGAUGAUGAAUUGGUAGAAAAGCAAUUAAUGUUGGAAGAAGAACGAAUGAUACUUCAAAUGAAACGUCAAGAAUUAGAUAAUGCUAUCUAUAAAUUACAUUAUCAAAAUUUUGAUUCAAGUUUAAACCAUUCCUUGUCUUCUUUGAUAGAAACAAGAUAUAAACUUUCUCAAACUCCUCCUCAAACAACAAGAGGUUCCGCUUCCACUACUCCUUCUUUGUCAAGACAAACUAGUUUUUCAAAAAAUUUAUCUCCUCAACCACUAAGAUUUCAACCAAUUGGUACUCCUGUUAGGAAACCUGCCACUAAUGAUUAUUCGGCUUCUUCUACUAUGUCAAAUUCGGCUCCUUCUCAGUCCACUUUUUCUUUAUUUUCUAAAUCUCCUGGUCUUUCGCUUAAUCAUUCCUUACCUACGGUUGAUGAACAAAGAUUAUCUUCUAAUAUGGAUGAUAUUCUCGAUGAUAAAUUAAAUGAUUUCCCUUUAAUCGGCUAUCCAUUAACUCCGUCGGGUACCCCUCCAAAAAAUGAUGAUCGGUGUCAAUUUCUUCCUUCUUCUGUUCAUCCUUCUGCUAAUCAUCUUAACCCAGUAAUUUGGUCAAGUAAUAAUGAUGAUAACUUUGCUUCUCAUUCGAAAUCUCUUCGUUCUCUGCCAAAGCGUGAUUAUUUUAGCGCUCCUACAACUCCAAAUUGCUAUACUCCAACUACACCUCAAUUUAAUCGAAAUUAUCAACAAGCCCUAAAUCAAUUGUCUAUUGGUCAUUUCAAUAGAGCUAGUCCAUUGUACUCUUCUCCACUUGAUGAACGUGAUGAAUUAUGGCAUGGCGAUGAAACUUUUAAUCCAAUCUUAUCUUUGACCCCACCUGAAAUUUCAUCUACAAAUAAAAUUUCGCAUUCGAUUAAUGAUAAUACGGAUAAUUUGCUCAGUAAAAAUAAUUCAUGCCACCAAUUUCAUAACGUCAUUCAACCUAAAUUAUUGUCUUCGACUCACAAAACUGGCAAUGGUUUUUUUUCUCUAGUUGGCGCUGGUAAUCAAGUUGCUUCUGAUUCACAUUAUGAUGGUUUCACUUAUAAUAAAGGGAUGAGAGUAAAUGGGCUUUAUAAACUUGAAGUCAUGUAA